AUGGAAGCGAAAUGUGUUCUGCAAGUUGGAUUGACUUGUUUGGACAUUAUUAACGUUCUAGGACAUUAUCCAGAAGAAGACACGGAUUCCAGAUGUAUGGAGCAGCAUUGUUUACGCGGUGGUAAUGCAGGGAAUUCAUCGGUUGUAUUAGCUCAGCUUGGCUUACCAUGUGAAUAUCUUGGCACCCUAGCCAAGCAUAAAUUGUCUGAAUUGAUAAUGGAGGAUCUUCAUCAUUACGGGGUUAUUACUGAUCACUGUGUUUAUCACGAUAAUUGUCAAGUUCCCACCUCGUGUUGUAUAGUUAACGAUGCAAGCGGCAGUCGAACAAUAAUGCAUAGCAAUGCAAAUCUACCAGAACUAAGUUGUGAAGAUUUUGAAAAGCUGGACUUUCGUCGGUACACCUGGAUACAUUUUGAGGGAAGAAAUUUGAAAGAAAUAUUGAAAAUGAUCCUGAAAGUGGAAGAGUACAAUAACAAAGAAAAUACAAAGAAAGACAAAAUUACAAUAUCUGUUGAACUAGAAAAACCCAAAAUGAAUCUCCAUGAACUUUCAUUUCAUGGCGACGUAGUAUUUUUCAGUAAAGAUUAUGCUAAGCACUUCGGUUACUCAACGGCCGAGUCAGCGUUAGAUGGACUUCAAUCAAAGGUCAAACAAGGUGCUAUUUUAGUGUGUGCGUGGGGUGAGCACGGAGCUUGGGCAAUGGAAACCACUACUAAAGUCAAAUAUCAUUCAUCAACGUUCCCGCCUGACAAAGUGAUUGAUACAUUGGGAGCGGGAGACACGUUUAAUGCUGGCUUUAUUUACUCACUUGUUAAUAAACAAACUAUAUCAGAGGCCCUGACUAUGGGCUGUAAAGUCGCUGGCAAGAAGUGUGGGCAGCAUGGCUUUGGUGGAAUUGCCGAGGGCAUUGUAUAG